UAGAGUGAUGACUCAAAGGUUUCAGCACAAGCCAUGUGGAAAUAGUACGGCCGUGCAAUGUAUAAAAAGGGAAAAGGGUCGAUGUUGAAGCUGUACAUCUGAGAUUAGCUCACAAAUAUCAUGACCAUGGGGAGGAUCAUUUUCUACGAGGACCGUAACUUCCAGGGUCGCUCCUAUGAGACCAGCAGCGACUGCCCCGAGCUCACCUCCUACCUGAGCAGGUGUAACUCCUGCAGGGUGGAGAGCGGCCUCUUCAUGGUCUACGAGAAGCCCAACUUCAUGGGCCAUCAGAUGCUGGUGAGGAGGGGCGAGUAUCCAGACAACCAGCGCCUGAUGGGAAUGAGUAUGAGUGACUGCAUCAGGUCCAGUCGCAUGAUACCCAUGCACAGGGGACCCUUCAGAAUGAGGAUCUAUGAGAAGGAGAACUUUGGAGGCCAGAUGUAUGAGCUGAUGGACGACUGCGACAACAUGAUGGAUCGCUUCCACAUGUCUGACUGCCAGUCCUGCAACGUGAUGGAUGGCCACUGGCUGAUGUUCGAGCAGCCCAGCUAUAGGGGCAAGAUGCUGUACCUGAGGCCAGGAGAGUACAGGAACCUUAGAGACAUGGGGAUGGGCAACAUGUUGAGGUUCAGCUCCAUCAGGCGCAUCAUGGACGCCUGUUAACUCUAAAUGUACCAAGUGGAAAAAUAAAGCAAGUUGAUAUCCAGUGUUCCUCA